ACUCCCAUAGAGUGCCACACUUUUCCAAGAUUCCCACAGGAGGCCAGACGUGUUUGUGCAUACGCACUGAAGAAUGUGGAUUCAUUGCCCAGUUAGGCCUAUCAAAUUAUAUGAAUGUGUGGUGUCUGUUCUUUUGGACUGUCUGAAAGAACAGACACCGCACAUUCAUACAAUCCUAUUGCUUCCAAUGUAAAUUUCGUGUAAGGUCUGUGAAGAAAUUUGGACUUGUACAGAGACAUAUAAACAGUUGUUUUUGGCUUGAGUGGUGCUGGUGAUGGCAGUGGUGAUUAUUGUAGCACAUUGGAUUUGCUGGCCCACAUGUGAGGUGAAAUUUUUACGAUAUGAUAUUGAAAUGACUAUGUUUUUCAGAAAUAUGACAUGCCUGUCAAGGAACAUUUCAUUGUAUUUGUGAAUAACACAGACAUUGCAAUAUCGUAUUUAUCCACUGACACCAGACAUGCGACUUUCAGUAAAAAUGUCUGACUUUUAUAAAAGUGUACAGAUGCAGGUUGUAGACACAUGGUUGAUGACAUCUGGAAAGUUUGGGUCUGGCCAUGAUCCAUGCUCAGGUAGCCUAAUGGUGUGUGUACUUGAUUAUUGUUCUUGUCUCCAAAAUAAUGAGGUAUUUAAUAAAAGUGUAGAAGCAUUGUUAGCCUCUGAAGGUGAAAUUCUUGUUUGUGCAUUUAUCAUGGGAUUUCUUGCUUUCAACUAUCACAAUGGAUUGCAGGGAAAGAAAAUCUGAAAGAGAACAUUUCCAAGUGAUUGUGCAAGAGAAAGAAGAGUCCCAAAAGAAACAGAAGAUGUACUUCAAGACUGUAGUUAAGAAACUGUGCUUAUGAGAAAAAUAUGUAGAUUGCAGUACUUUUGUUUAUAGCAUUAUUAAAAUUAGUUUCUGUCCUGUCACUUUGCG